UUUUGUAACCGGCUCAUAAUCUUGUUGAUUUUAGAUAGAUUUUUAACAACAUUCAUAAAGUGCAUACUGAACGAUUACUUAAGUCUGGUUUAGUGAAAGUAAAAACCACAUUCAGUGGUAACAUAAUUUUAUUGCAGUUCGUAUUAUUACAUCACAUUAUACCAGAUGAAAAGAAGCUUAGCGAUCGUUUUAAAAUUUAUGAAUUAGUAGUGAAUGGCUAAUAUUUAAAACCGAUGUUGGAUUACGAGUUACAAAAUGUGAAAAUGAAUACCAUGACCACUAAAGUAAACGUUUUAGACAAAACUGUCCAGACAGAAGGGGACUCAAAAUCAGGUGAACCGCCAAAAAUAACAGUUAAUGGACAAAUUGCUGGGACAAGUACAGAGACAGAUACAGUGUGUACUCCUCACGUUUGUCGUCAAGCGAGGCAAAAUUACACUCCUCCAGAUUUGGCAAAUGACAGUCCUUGGAAUCGAAAAAAGACUUAUUUCUUUGUUGGUACAUUUUGUGUUUUUAUAGCGUGGGUUGUUAUUUAUUCUACCGUCAGUAGUUUUGGACUAGUGUGAUCGCG